GCCAAGAUUGAAGUUAAGCGACGUUGACGAAACCGGACCAAAGUUAAUCGGAGUUCGGCCGAGGGUUACCCCACCCAGAUAGAACACGGGGUCACGACGGCAUCGAAGUGACGUGGAAGUGACGCUAAUGUAGCUUUCGAGUGACGAUUGAAGCCACGAUAACGUCAUCGUGAAUCGUCGCGAGUCCGCCUGGGUUAACGUAUCGUAGGCAACGCAGCGAGGACACGCUGGUUAAUGAUGAAAUAAAAAAUUGACGGAGCCUCGGGGCAUUUUCGCUCUAAUGACCAAUCGAUUCGCGCGCGGGUGUUCGUACCAAAUAACAUAUCGCGCAAUCAGAGUCGAGAGGGGGGGAGGAUCGAGGGUGAAUCCCGGAAUAACGAGGCAUUUUCGAGUAGAUUCCUGGAUAAGGUAGACCCGAGUACAUUCGACCGAAGUGUUAAUCGAAGCUGCGAAUAAAUGUACAGAGCGAACCCGAUAAUAAGACUGAUACUUGGGAAAAAAAACAAUAACGCAGGUUGCAGUACGUUGCAUCGGCGCGACAUGAGCAGUUGCGAGACAUUGAGCAGGCCCGUAGAGACUUCGAUCAGGGGAAAGCUGGAAGCUGCGCUGAAUCCCCUUCAUUGCGACGUCAUUAAUGAGUCCUACAUGCACAAUGUUCCCAAGAACUCUGAGUCGCACUUCAAGGUAGUGGUUGUAUCGGAGAAAUUCGACAAGCAGCCGUUGAUCAAGCGACACCGGAUGAUAAACCAGUUGUUGCAAGCGGAACUGCAAGGAGGCGUACAUGCUCUGUCAAUUGUAGCGAAAACACCAGAGCAGUGGGAAGCGAGCAAUACGGUGGCUGCGAGUCCUGUUUGCAGGGGCGGUUUUGGAAAAUAAUGUUACGUAACAAUUUAACGAUUAAUCAUACGAAGGUAAUAACGUAAGUUGCGAAAAUAAUGUAUACAAGUGUCGCGUAAUAAACACAUAUUCCGCUGCGAUUUACAUAAAUAAUAUCAUUUUUUUUUUAUUAAAUGAGAUCAUUAUGUACGUACUGCCCUCUAUACACCAAACGAAAUCAGAUAAAAUUAAAUUAUUUCUCGAUUUGUAGAAUUGGAACGAAGUUAAAUUACUAAAAUCGUAAUACAGAUUAAACAGCGCGUUAAAAGAAAUGUAAUUCCAUCGAUCUUGACUUCGAUUUAUUUUUUCAAAAAAUAUUGAGAAUUAUCUUCUCGACCGUUGUUGCACUGAAUCCUUUAAUUGCAAGGGUUUGGUUCAACAAUACAAUAGAGCGCAUGGUGCAAAUUCGAUAUGAGAGAAAUGAGUUAAAACAAAUGAUGAGAUUCACCUUUCUCCUCAUUUCGAAAUGUACUAAAACUACGAAAACUUUCAGAAUAAACAUGCAUAUGUAAAUAAAUGCAAGUAAAAAAAUUUCCCGUGGUUUGCUUUCUUUUUCUUGGUUCAAUUAGGCCACGUAUUGUUGUGCCAAUCUCCCUGCAAUCGUAGCAACUGCAUAAUGUACAACAAAAACGACAAAAAUAAAAAGGUGCACUAAUGUCACAACA